UCUCUCUUUCUCAAGAGAGAUCGCAGACAGAAAGAAGAGAGACGGACAUCAAGAUGAGAACUCUAGUUUCUCUUCUAAUUUUGUUCUCAUUCACUGUUCUUCUUCCAACUCAAACAUUAGCAGCCAAAAAGUCUUACGUUGUUUAUCUUGGUGCUCACUCCCCAAACACAAGGGAGGAGGUUGCUGUGAAUUCUCACCAUGAAAUUUUAGGAUCAAUCUUGAAAAGCAAGGAGAAGGCCAGAGAUGCAAUCUUCUACUCAUAUACAAAGGAAAUCAAUGGAUUUGCUGCAAACAUGGAUGAGAAUGAAGCCAAUGAGCUCUCAAAGCAUCCAAGUGUUGUAUCAGUGUUUCCAAAUAAAGCACUGAAGCUUCACACAACACAUACAUGGGAAUUCCUUGGACUUCAGAAGUUCUACUCCGGCGAGAUCCCGGACUCAUCCUUGUGGAAGAAGGCGAGGUUUGGAGAAGAUGUGAUCAUAGGAACCCUUGACACCGGUGUUUGGCCUGAAUCUCAGAGCUUUAGAGAAGAUGACAUGGGUCCAAUUCCUUCAAGAUGGAAGGGUGUUUGUGACAAUGGAAUCGAUAAAACAUUCAAUUGCAACAAGAAGCUGAUCGGAGCAAGAUACUUUAACAAAGGCUUCAAAGAAGCUGGUGAUACGUCUGCAAACAUCACCGAUACCCCCCGUGACACUGAAGGCCAUGGCAGCCACACACUCUCAACCGCGGCAGGGGCCUUCGUCCCCGGUGCAAGCUAUUAUGGUUACGCCAAUGGCACAGCGAAAGGUGGCUCAUCGCGAGCCCGUGUUGCCACCUACAAAAUAUGUUGGCCCUCUGAUGUAGGUGGCUGCAUGGAUGCCGAUAUACUUGCAGCAUUCGACGCAGCGAUACAUGAUGGUGUUGAUGUUAUCUCAAUGUCAGUUGGAGGUCCACCUUUGGAUUAUUACCAGGAUUCUAUUGCCAUUGGAUCAUUUCAUGCUGUCAAGAAAGGGAUUAUAGUUGCUUGUUCAGGUGGAAAUGAUGGCCCAUUACUAGGGACCGUGUCGAAUGUGGCGCCGUGGAUUUUCACCGUCGGAGCAAGCACUCUUGAUAGAUAUUACCCUUCAUAUCUUGUCUACAAUGGAAAAUUUGUCAAGGGAAUGACCUUUUCCAAGGGUCUUCCAAGACCAAGGCCUUAUCCUAUGAUCAAUUCAGUAAAUGCAAAAGCUAAAAAUGCAACAGAACAUGCUGCUAAUCUUUGCAUGGUGAAUUCUCUUGAUCCUGAGAAGGUGAAAGGCAAGAUAGUUGUAUGUCUCAGGGGCAAAAUCGAAAGAAUGCUCAAGGGCUUUGUAGUUCAAAAGGCUGGCGGUGCCGGAAUGAUCAUUGCAAAUGAUGAACAUUAUGCAGAUGAUAUCGAAGGCGAUGCCCACUUCAUUCCUGCCAUUAAUAUCGGUUAUUCUGACGGCCUUGAGCUCUACUCCUACCUCAAUUCUUCCAAGUCAUCGAAGGGCUAUAUUUUAUGUGGAAGAACAAAGUUCGGCAAGAGACCUUCACCGACAAUAGCCCCAUUCUCAUCACUAGGUCCAAAUGUUAUCAAUCAAGAAAUCCUCAAGCCUGAUAUUACUGCACCAGGAGUCAAUGUUCUUGCCGCCUUUUCAGAGGUUGCCAACCCUUCUGAUCUGGACUAUGACACUCGCCGAACUCCUUUCGUCUUCUUGUCUGGCACAUCAAUGUCUUGCCCUCAUAUUGGUGGCAUUGUUGGCCUUCUCAAAACCCUUAACCCCAGUUGGAGUCCUGCUAUGAUCAAGUCAGCAAUCAUGACAACUGCGACGACUCUUGAUAACACUAUGGAACCCAUCAAGGAUGCAUUCAAUGAAACAGCCACACCAUUCAGUUAUGGAGCUGGACAUGUAAAGACUAAAGCUUUAGUAGAUCCUGGAUUGGUGUAUGAUAUCACUCCUAAAGACUACUUGAACUUCUUGUGUUCUCUUGGCUACAACAAAACAAUGAUGGGAAUAUUCAGUGGUGAAUUUUCAUGUCCUUCGAAAACAAUCAAAGCCGAAGAUUUGAACUAUCCUUCCAUCUCUAUCGCUUCACUCAAUGGCACUGUGACGGUUACCCGGACGCUGAAAAAUGUUGGGCCUCCGAGCAAGUACAACGCCACCGUAUUCGCGCCAAAGGGUGUAUCGGUGACUGUGGAGCCAGCAGAGCUCGAGUUCGAAGAGUUCGGCAAGGAGCAACAGUUUCAGGUGACAAUGGAGGCAAAUGAAGCUGAACCAGUUAAAGGCUUUACAUUUGGAAGUCUUAAAUGGUCUGAUGGAAUUCACCAUGUGAGAAGUCCUUUGGUAGUUUACAUUUGAAAAUUAGUUAGUGUUAAUUUGGCGGGAAAUAAUAUAGGUUA